UAUGGGUGUACGUCUGCCUCGGAUCUUCCAUUGACUGACUCUACUCAACAUAUGUAUGUACCUAAAAGUAGGCAUUGAAGUACUUCUACAAAUAGGUUCCUCACGUCUUUUUGUUCGCCCCGUCCCGCUUGUUGGGUUUGGUUGAAAAUAAUGGAUCAGGGGACUUUGAUCGGCAGAAAGGAACCAACAGAGCCAUCAUACUUGCAGGCAUGCUAAUUUAGUGGGCCGACCUAUCGAGGGGCACCUGCUCUUUUCUGCCAGAUGUCAUCCCGCUGAUGAACUGCAGCAGUCGCGCACCAGACCCAGCGUUGCCCGAUUCGCACGAGGCGGUGAUUGUAUGCAGUUGAAUGUACUUCCGUACCUCAGUCGGCUACCUUACCUACCUAACCGUGACUAGAACAAUGUAUUAAAUUCCUACCUGCCUUGGAUUAUUGCGUACCUUGUUCAGUCUCGACUGUUGAGCAACACAAGUGCUUCAUCUGGAGGUAUAUAAACUCAUCGCAGUCGGCAAUUUCUCCUCCGGGUCCGUGGGGCAGAACAUCACGCAGCAAGCUCAGACAAACCCAAUUCAAACCACGGCAGUACGACGUCAGAAUUCAAUCCUUCCAUCCUCCAAAGUGUCCCUACAGUGUCUUACCGCCACACCGGGAACGAACUUCACACACCCCUUUCAUCAAAAUAAUGACCUCUCUAAACGACCAGCUCCCUCCUGGGGAACCAGCCCCUGAACUUCUAGAAAAUCGGAUUUGGAUUGAUGGAUGUUUCGAUUUUUUCCACCACGGACAUGCCGGCGCUAUCGUCCAAGCCCGUCUACUGGGUGAUGAGCUCUACAUUGGUGUGCACUCUGACGAAGCCAUCAUGGAGAACAAGGGACCAACCGUCAUGUCGAUGGAGGAACGAAUCGCCGCUGUCGAUGCAUGCAGGUGGGUGACAGCGUCUGUCCCCAACGCGCCUUACGUGACGGACCUCGUCUGGAUCACGCACUAUGGCUGCAAGUACGUCGUGCACGGCGACGACAUUACGUCCGACUCCAACGGCGAGGACUGCUAUCGCUUCGUCAAGGAAGCCGGGAGGUUCAAGGUGGUCAAGCGCACGCCGAGCAUCUCCACCACUGACCUGGUCGGUCGCAUGCUGCUGUGCACGCGUACCCACUUCAUCAAGUCGCUCAAGGCCAUGCUUGCUGGUACCGAGGGCGACGGGACCGACACCGAAAGGGAUGCGCGGGGCCUUGACAUGAUGAAGCGCAUCGAGCUGUAUGCCACGGACGAGACGGCCAGGAAACCUGGCGUCGAUGUUUGGUUCUGGACUGCGUCGACCGAGGCCAAGCAGGACGACAAGUCAGAGGAAAAGGGCUCUUUCCGGGAGCUGUUCAAGGCCCCCGGACCGAGGCCAGGUCAGAGGGUUGUCUACGUUGACGGCGGUUUCGAUCUGUUCUCCAGCGGGCAUAUCGAGUUCCUGCGUAUGGUGGUCAAGACUGAGGAGGAUCUCGCCAGAGAGCAGGGGUGGUAUUCGCAACAGGCUGUUGAAGAGCGCCGCGGUAAGGGAGCUGACUACCCGCCCGCCUACGUGGUUGCUGGUAUUCAUGACGACGAUGUCAUCAACCACUGGAAGGGCGUCAACUACCCUAUCAUGAACAUCUUCGAGCGUGGUCUGUGUGUUUUGCAGUGCAAGUAUAUCAACGCCGUCGUCUUCGGCGCCCCCUUCACCCCAACCAAGUCUUACCUCACGUCUCUCCCAUGGGGUACGCCAGAUGCGGUGUAUCACGGCCCGACAUCGUUCAUGCCGCUCACGUACGACCCGUACACAGCACCAAAGGAGAUGGGCAUCUACAAGGAAAUAGGAUCGCACGGCUUUAGCGACGUCAACGCGGCAACCAUCGUGCAGCGUAUCCUCAAGAGUCGGGAUCUCUACGAGGCGCGGCAAAGGGCCAAGGGCGAGAAGGCUAACGUUGAGGAGGCGCACCGAAGGAGGGAGGUGAUGGAAGAGGAACAGAGACUGAGGGAGGCCCAAGGAGCUUCCUCUUGAGGUUUGGUUGAACUGGCCAAGUUCGGCUGACGUUUCAUUGAAAUUGACGGGGUAGUCAUGACCAACGUUUUGGGCUUUCAACUUCCAGUUAGUCGGUUACGAGGUUUGGGUUAUUCACACGACUAAUUUCCCACCGGUUGACGUUUUUCAACAUGCGUUAUUGGGCACAGGAAAUGGAGCUAUUACCCAAGGAAGAUAAAUAAUUACUUAAUGACACAAACAACUAAAAGGGGUCGAUGGUGCCCCCACCCUCGUGACAGAUUUAUGAAUGGAAUAAAAGAAUCCCCAGGAAUGAAUAGCUGGUCAACGGGUAAUUGCUACCGUGGCCUGGUGAGUAUUUCCCCACGUGGGCUGGCGAUAUGCGCGCCGGUUUUGGUUCGGCCUUUGACGAAUUUGAGCUACCAGUACACCGUAGUUUCAGCCUUGGCGAUAACAUCUAACCUGUUCUUAAUGCAGCAGAUGCCGCUGGAAACAACUACGGCCUGGCCAAGGCGACAGGCAUAACACAACAGGUAUAAUUGCUAAACCGUAGGGUACCCAGAUAGAUAGGUAGGUGUGUGUGCCUAUAUGCCGAUACACCGACGAGUGAAUUUAUUUGGGUUUGCCUCUGGUUAUCAUUA